AUGGAGCCUUCGGGCAGUGAACAGUUAUUUGAGGACCCUGAUCCCGGAGGCAAAUCCCAAGAUGCAGAGGCCAGAAAGCAAACAGAAUCAGAACAAAAGUUAUCUAAAAUGACCCACAAUGCUUUGGAGAACAUUAACGUGAUUGGCCAAGGCUUGAAGCAUCUCUUCCAGCACCAGCGCAGGAGGUCGUCUGUGUCUCCCCACGAUGUGCAACAGAUUCAGGCAGACCCAGAGCCUGAAAUGGAUGUGGAAAGCCAGAACGCGUGUGCUGAGACUGAUGGUGUCCCCACCCACCCCACAGCUCUGAAUCGUGUCCUGCAGCAGAUCCGCGUGCCGCCCAAGAUGAAGAGAGGGACGAGCCUGCAUAGCAGGCGGGGCAAGCCAGAGGCCCCGAAGGGAAGUCCACAGAUCAACAGGAAAUCUGGCCAGGAGAUGGCAAGCGUCAUGCAGUCCGGCCGACCCAGGUCUUCAUCCACUACCGACGCUCCUUCCAGCUCCGCCGUGAUGGAAAUAGCUUGUGCCGCUGCCGCUGCUGCUGCGUGUCUGCCAGGGGAUGAGGUGUCUGCAGAGCGGAUCGAGCGGUUGGAAGUAAGCAGCCUCGCCCAGACCUCCAGUGCGGUGGCCUCCAGCACAGAUGGCAGCCUUCACACAGACUCGGUGGAUGGAACCCCAGACCCUCAGCGCACAAAGGCCGCUAUUGCCCACCUGCAACAGAAGAUCCUGAAGCUCACAGAACAAAUCAAGAUUGCACAGACGGCCCGGGACGACAAUGUGGCCGAGUACCUGAAGCUGGCCAACAGUGCGGACAAGCAGCAGGCCGCCCGCAUCAAGCAGGUCUUUGAGAAGAAGAACCAGAAGUCAGCCCAGACCAUCCAGCAGCUGCAGAAGAAGCUCGAGCACUACCACCGGAAGCUCCGGGAGGUGGAGCAGAAUGGGAUCCCCCGGCAGCCAAAGGACGUCUUCAGGGACAUGCACCAGGGGCUGAAGGACGUGGGCGCCAAGGUGACUGGCUUCAGCGAAGGCGUGGUGGACAGCGUCAAGGGCGGGCUAUCCAGCUUCUCCCAGGCAACCCACUCAGCCGCCGGGGCCGUGGUCUCCAAGCCCAGGGAGAUCGCGUCUCUCAUUCGGAAUAAGUUUGGCAGCGCCGACAACAUCCCCAGCCUGAAGGACUCUUUAGAGGAAGGGCAGGUGGACGAGGCGGGGAAGGCGUUGGGGGCCAUUUCCACCUUUCAGUCCAGCCCCAAGUAUGGGAGUGAGGAAGACUGUUCCAGCGCCACCUCAGGCUCAGUGGGUGCCAACAGCACUGCCGGCCUCGCCGUAGGAGCGUCCAGCUCCAGAACCAACACCCUGGACAUGCAGAGCUCAGGACUCGAUGCACUGCUCCACGAGGUCCAGGAGAUCCGGGAAACCCAGGCCCGACUCGAGGAAUCCUUUGAGACCCUCAAGGAACAUUAUCAGAGGGACUAUUCGCUAAUAAUGCAGGCCUUACAGGAGGAGCGAUAUAGAUGUGAACGAUUAGAAGAACAACUGAAUGACCUAACAGAGCUCCACCAGAAUGAAAUCUUGAACUUGAAGCAGGAAUUGGCCAGCAUGGAAGAGAAGAUUGCGUAUCAGUCCUACGAACGGGCCCGGGACAUCCAGGAGGCCCUGGAGGCGUGCCAGACCCGCAUCUCCAAGAUGGAGCUGCAACAGCAGCAGCAGCAGGUGGUUCAGCUGGAGGGGCUGGAGAAUGCCACUGCGAGGAACCUGCUGGGCAAGCUCAUCAACAUCCUCCUGGCGGUCAUGGCGGUCCUUUUGGUCUUCGUGUCCACGGUUGCCAACUGCGUGGUCCCGCUCAUGAAGACUCGCAGCAGGACGUUCAGCACGUUACUCCUCGUGGUGUUCAUCGCCUUUCUCUGGAAGCACUGGGACGCCCUCCUGGGCUACGUGCAGCGCUUCUUCUCCUCCUCACCCAGAUGA